AUGUCUUUCCAUCAGCCUGGUACGCCAGAGACCAUGUUUCCACUUGCACUAGCGCCUCGUAUGGUUUCAACUUUCCCAUUACAUGAUAACAGAGUCGCACCGGGACCGGCAGUGAACUCAUCGCGAACUUUACUACCAGGUCUCACCAGUCACACCGUAGGCACUGGUGAGGUCGCUGUACCACGGAAGAAACGUCGGUUGGAUUACAUCAAGUGCGAGAGCUGUCGGAAAGAUAAGCAAAAGUGUUUGCCUACAGAUCGUAAAUGGCCGCAGCGCUGCGAUCGAUGCGUUGAAAGACAUCUUCCAUGCUCAGAGGGCGAUCGAGCGCAACGCUGCCGCAAGUCUCCUCGACCAACAGCGACUGCACCAUUAUUGCCCAUAGCAUGCAAUGUCGAACAGGAGGCUGAAGAGUGGGCUUUCCUCCAAAUGUUCCGCGCAAUCGUACUGCCAGCCAUCAACUACCUCAAGUCACUUGAGGGAACCAUGAGGAAGCACUUUUUUCUGUACGGCACAACUCAUUCUUCUCACCAUCGUGAAUUCGAAACCUUCCUGCAACGCCUCGACUCUGAGAUAUCGCGAGGUGUUGAGGGCACGGGAUCUCUGGGAAUUCCUACCUCAUACCGCUCGUCGUUAUGCGUCCUUCCUUCCGGAGGUUAUACUGCUCUUCCACUUACACAAGCAACGUCCACCACACCUGAUGACGUUGAGGAUUGCUUAGGCCGUAAUGCGCUCAUCCGUUCCGUUGACUAUCUAGAUGACGAGGCCGCCUUCUCCAGAGUCCGCCAAUUCUUGGUCUCCGACCGUCCUACAGAAUGUGACGAAGCCUAUGACAGGGUAAUAUCGGGAAUCAAUCAUCAAGAUAUACUAGGUCGUUCAAUCUUGCACGUCGCCUGUCAAAAUAGGAACGCCCCGCUCGUGGAACUAUUGUUAAAUCGAGGUGCUUUACCCGAUACGCGCACAAUCCGCGGUGCCAUGCCUUUACAUCUGGCAGCUGCAGCCGAAUCCCUCGUUAUUUGCAGGAUACUAAUAAAGGACUACAACCAAAAUGUCAACCCGAUCGACGAGUUCGGACGUACUCCCUUGUUCUACACAAGAAGACAUGAUGAGGUGGCGCAAUUCCUCAAGCUCAGCACGUUAGAGCUGACAAGCAAAUUGCACGUGGCCAUCGAUGAAGGCGAUCUGGCAGCCGUACAGCACACGCUCAGCUUGGGGGCGGAUCCCACCUCCACGUCCGGCACCGACUCUCGAUCAACCUUGGAGAAAGCCAUUGUUCGCGGCGAUCUACCUCUGCUACAGAUUCUCGGCGAUUGCCCUCUCACCAAAGUCAAUGUUCCCACCAGUCAACACCGUACGCCGUUCUUAGAAGCAGUGGCUCGCAAUUUCACACCAGGGGUUGAAUACUUUGUGCAACGUCAGGAUGUCGACGUCAAUGCCACAAAUGUACGUGGAAUCACGCCACUUAUUGAAGCUACAUCUCAAUUUUCAAUUGAGAUAAUCAAUCUUCUGCUGUCGCGGAAAGAUCUCAAAGUCAACAAACGUGCUCCUACAGGGAGAACUGCCCUGAUGAUAGCAGUCGAAUAUGGCGAAGGCGACAUCGUGAAAAGGCUUUUGCAACGAGCUGAUGUUGAUGUCUUCGUCCGCGGAGGUAGCAUGGGGCGAACGGCUGUAGAACUAGCCAGGGCAGGUAAUCACCUCGAGACUGUGCUCAUCUUGGAGGCGUGGGCUGCACAGAAAGGGAUGGAAGGUAGCUUGAACGCUCUCUAA